GCGCAUGGAUUGUGGAUUUGUACUCUGUGUUCUUUCAGACUUUUUACCCAUUUUGAUCAUAGAUAAGCAAAUAACUUUGGUGACUUUGGUAUAUUGCAAAUUGUGAACUAAGGUUGAAUUUGUACAAGAUGAACUGGUCAGAAGAAGAAAUCAUGCAUUUUGUUAAACUCUAUAGUGAAAAAGAGUGUUUAUGGAAGAAGAGUAGUGUAAACUAUCGCAAUAAAAACAUGCGAUAAGCAGCUGAACAUGAUAGAAAAUGAAGGUUUUGGGGUGGCAGAAUUAAAGCAAAAAUUAAAGAUAAUGAUCAGAAAGCAUUGAAAGUUAAAAAAUCUAAGAAAUGAGGAGGUAAACCGGAUGAUAUAUACGUUCCAACCGUCAAGUGGUUCCGACAAAUGGAAGAAAUAAUGGAUAGCUACACAGCUGAAAAUGAAACGAAAAGCAUACGAAAAUAUAAAGGUCUGCUAGAGGAACAAGUCAUUGAAGAACCGUCUCCAAAUCUAACUGGUAAAACAGGUUCUCGAGUAGAAGCAGGAUUAAAAAAUAAAAAAGCAUGGAUAGAAGCACUAGCCGCAGCUGUUGCAGAGAUCCGAAAAGUCCAGGAAACAAUAACUUCUAAUUCCAUCAGUGACCAUGAAGCCUUUGACAAGUUCAUUGCAGCCAGUUUAAAUAAACUGCCCGCUGUUGAUUCAAUCAUGGCGCAAGGUGAAAUUCAAAGAGUAAUACAAAAAUAUCGAUUGAAUGCGUUAAAUAUGAGCAGUUCUGCUUCUGAGGCUUCCGCAUUAACUGCAAUUCAAUCACCAACCCUUUCUUGGGAUUCACCUCCUGCAACUACUCCUGCAUACAGCACUAAUUACCCGGUCAUGAACGAGGACACAGUUGCAAAUGAUGAUGCUGGUAUCGGAGAUAUUAUCUCGCAAGCAUGGAACUUGACAAACUAA